ACUCUACAUUUCAUCUAUUUUUCAUUUCAUCCUGACAUUAAUGCUGGCUAAAUAUAGAUGAGUUAUGUAUAAAUUGAGGGGUAAUUAGAUAGAGGUCCGGCUCAGUAACAUUGUUUAUGCAGACCGUCCCGUUCUGUGGCUGGUGAUACAUUGUUUCCUCACACAGAGUGGCUGUAUAACAGGUGAUGAUUUCCUGAGCUUCUCCCUGUGGCCAUAUAUCACUUCUUAAUAGGCUUUUGGUUUAUUCGAUUAAGCAGAAUUGAGCCAGCGCACUGUACACCAGAGAGGGAGACUGCGGAGAUCUGCCCUUUGGUGUCGAGAAAGGACGAAGGAUGGCAAAUUUUGAGAUCUCUGCUUGUAGAGGCGUGAGGUCAGCGGGUCAGACAGAGCACUUUUCCACCAGAGCAAUUAUUAUUCUGAGCUCUGGAUCUGUCUUUCAUCGUGAGAUGAGUCUCGGGAACAUGAGGGAAACCACCCCAUUCUGUGCUGCAGCCCAAACCUUGAUUUUAAUCAGAGCAUUUGCAUGAUACUGAAAUCCCAUCUGCAUUCAGAUGAAAUGGAUACCUACUGUUCUGUGUCAGCAUGCAUUCAUUCAUUCACAGUGUAGCGGAGGCACUCAUAGCCAUGCUUCCACUGCAUUAGUGGUGCACAUAUCACAGUGCAGCACCAUCUCUCCCUCACCAACAAGCUGCUCAAAUACUGUCAAUUUAUAAAUUUAGUUUCAGUCAGAUGUUGCAGAUAUAGUUGCUGUUGGAGCUAAAUGCCAGAACUCUUCAAUGGAGUUCAAUGUGUUUGCUUUCACUGUUUGCUUGUCUUUCAAAAGUUACAAUGUAACCAGCGUGGGGUUACAUUGACAGCUGUCAUUCAUUUAAAGUUAGAUCGGGUUACACAGAAACAAAGAGGCGGGGGAUUGCUGCAUUUCCUUUUGAACCCAAGUCGACCCCGCUCGCCUCCCAGCGCUGAGGGACAGUGGAGCAGCGAGCUGCAGAUAGGAUCAGAUGAGAUAACGGAACCGCUGGACGCCGUCUAUCAACGACAUAUACUCCAUUACACUGCGCUCAGGAUAUUUAUGAGGGAAAGAUGUCUCGUCUGUACAAAGAAGACCAUGACGACUGGUUGACCGUCUGUCUGAAAUAUCUUCUCUUUGUCUUCAACUUACUUUUCUGGCUUGGUGGAGCUGCAGUGAUGGCUGUUGGGUUCUGGACGCUGGUGGAUAAGAGUGACUACCUGAGCCUGCUGGAGUCCAGUGCCUUCGCCGUCUCUGCCUACAUCCUCAUCCUCGCUGGAGUCCUGGUCAUGGUCACGGGAUUCCUGGGCUGCUGCGCUGUGAUCCGAGAACAAAGGAGCUGUCUGUCCAUGUACUUCUCCUGCCUGCUGCUUAUCUUCCUGAUUGAGCUUGUGGCCGGAGUCCUGGCAUAUGUAUACUACCAACAGCUGAGUGAGGAGCUGAAACAGCAUCUGAACCAGACGAUGACAAGCAGCUAUGCGCAGCAAGGCAAGGACUCCAUCACACAAGCUGUGGACAGGCUGCAGCAGGACUUUAAGUGCUGUGGCAGCAACUCCUCCUCUGAUUGGCUGCAUAGCGUGUAUGUGACCUCGCCUGAGGGUGGGGACAGGGUGGUGCCGGACAGCUGCUGCAAGACGCCCACCCCUGAGUGUGGCCAGAGAGACCACCCCUCCAACAUCUACAAGGUGGAGGGCGGCUGCAUCACCAAGCUGGAGCAGUAUCUGGCCGAUCACCUGCUCAUCAUCGGGGCGGUGGGGAUCGGUGUGGCCUGUCUGCAGCUGACUGGUGCUGUCCUGACUUCCUGUUUUAUCUAUGUGCUCUAUAAAGAAGAGGAGGAGUUCUUCUCUGACGUGUGAUUGAUCUGCGGAAUGAUAUUUACCUGCUGCUUGCACAGAAGAAUUAAGCUGGAUCCCUAUUGAAGACUGGAGUACUCCCUAAUGAUGUCUCCCUAACCACUCUGUGCCCCCUACCCCCUAAGUCUGUCCACAUCAUCUCUCUGCCCCCUAACUCCACCCCCCUUCUCCUCUCUGCCGGCUAAUCCUGACCCCCUACCCCCAUCAUCUCUCUACCCCCAGCCCUGCCUCCCUAUCCCCUAACCCUACCCCCAUCCACUCUCUGCACCCUAACCCUGCCCUUACCCCCUAACCCUACUCCCUAUCCACUCUGUGCUCCCUAACCUGCCCCCUACCCCCUAACCCCACCCCCUCCCCUAUCUGUCCCCUAACCCUGCCUCCCUACCCCCUAACCCUACCCUCAUCCACUCUCUGCCCCCUAACCCUACCCCUAUACCCUAACCCUACUUCCUAUCCACUCUGUGCUCCCUAACCUGCCCCCCUACCCCCUAACCCCACCCCCUUCCCCUCUCUGCCCCUUAACCCUGCCUCCCUACCCCCUAAGACUGCCCCUCUGCCCCCUCUGUGGAUGGGCUCAUGGGAACUCAUGGUUCCUCAGGAUGCUGCAUUCAGCUGCUCUCAUGCCCCGCUGUAAUACUUCAUGAUGAAAUAUGAAAUAUGUCACAUCCAGGCGGUCCCCCUCCAGUCCUGCAUUAGGCCUGCCUCCUUUGGGAAUCCUGUGCAUUCUGGGUCACUGACAACACAAUGUGAGCAGAGCUACUGACAACAGUGUACCAGGGACACAGACUGCACUGCUCUGGAGAGUUCCUGUUUCCUGUGUGUGUGUGUGUGUGUGUGUGUUAUGAGAGCAUAUAGAGCCGUUACACCUGUGUGAUCUGUAGCAGUGUGACACAAACACAGAGAGGAGUAGAGGAGCAGUGUUUAUUUGAUGGGCGGGGCAUUAUUACUGUGUGUCUCUCAUUGGCUUGUGACUUCAACACUUACGUUUAAUUAGCAUUUAUUUUUAAACUGAGUGUAAAUCUUAAAAUUCCCUUCAAAAAGCCAUAGAAAUAGUUUUUUUUAUUUUCCAUCAUAAAAAAGAUUUUGGGUACAUUGAGGAAAAUAAAUUCUGGACCAAGCUAAUAGCCCUACUGCAGCAAACACCCCAAUGUGUUGCCUGUCAUGUCACGAUUAAUGAUGUUGGCUGCAAAGUACAAAAUGUAGACAGGGGGUACAGGAGACCCUGUUGUUAUGGGCAGAGUUGUAUAGAGGAGGCGGGGUUAUAGACAAAGCUGUAUGGAGGCAGUGGGGCUAUUGAUAGGGCUGUAUGGAGGGGUAGGGUUAUGGAGAGAGCUGUAUGUAGUGGGUGGGGUUAUGGGCAGAGUUGUAUUUAGGAGGUGGAAUUAUGGAUGGAGCUAUAUGGAGGGGGUGGGGUUAUGGACAGGGCUGUAUGGAGGAGGUGGGGCUAUGGGCAGAGCUGUAUGGAGGGGGUGGGGUUGUGGAUAGAGCUGUCUGGAGGGGGUGGGGUUAUGGACGGAUCUGUAUGGAGAGGGGCUGCUCCACUCUGUUGCUACUGUUAGUGUCAGUGCUCUUUGUGUCAGUGCUGCUUGUGUCCUGCCUUGUGUCAGUUUUCUGAGGGUUAAAUUAAAGUCCUUUAAGUUUCUCACAAAGCACUAAUUGACAAGUUAAUUUAGCAGGUUUUUUUUUUUUACUUCAACUAAUGAUAGCACUAGUGUGUAAAUGAGUAAUUAAGUGUGUCAUAGUUUGUUGGGUGAAUACAAUUUGAGUAGAACAUUCCUAAUAGUAGAACAAGAGUUUCCUAAUAUUUCUUAAAUGGGACCUAGAAAAUCAUCUUGAGACCAAACAAUAUCUCAUAAUCACAUAGUAUUAUCCUGUGCCCGGUGUUGGAACAGCUGCUACAUGUCUUCCCAAAUGCUGCUAUGUGGACUAAAGUUUAAACACUUUAUUUCUGCAGUCAUGGUUUAUGAAUGACCAAUCUACUGUACUAUUCUUUUCACACCAGUCUGCUAUUAACGUAAUUCUUUCAGUUGUCUGUUUUCUUUUGUAAAAGUUGUCAGUCCAAUAUGAAAUGGGUAGGGCUUUGGAGAUGAGGAAGUGAGAAGUGAGAAAGGAACUGAGUUUAAUAAACAAAGUGUAAUUAUUAAAUGUAGAAAACAUGUCAGUCCAUUUAAGCUAGCUGCUAAUUCAGUCAGGUGAAAUAAAUGCUAGAAUAUAUACUGUGUAUUCAUUUAAAUUAUGUCUAAUAUGUAGUGAGUUCAUUAUUGUGUGCUGCAGCUUCUGCAUUAUAAUUUUGAAUUGGAAGCAAAUGUUGUGGCAUACAGUAUUUCUGUAGAUGUGUAUGUGCUCAUGGAUGUGUUCAUCUCUCUUAUUUGCAUCAAAAUAAUUUAAUCUGUCUUGUAGAACAUUGUUUGUUUCAUUGUUAAAAUGUCUGAAGUUUUAAAAAAAUGUAUGCUGUUCUGAAGUACUUCUUGCCUUAAUGCCUUAAUGUGGCCUUUUCCCCUGAAGUACGAAAGCAUUGCACACCUGAUGUAAUGCUGAGCUUUGGAGAAAUUAUGCAGCCUUUGUAUUUGUUCCAGAUGUAGAAUGAGAAUGUGAUAUGCAAACAACUCAAAGAUUUUGCAGAACUCAAUAAAUCUAACUAUAUUUUAAGAAUAA